AUGUCUGCCUACCGAAACAUGAAGGGGGGUUGGGGGCUCAGGCCGCUAAAAGAAGUAAAUGUGGUUCAUGGUUUGAAACUACUCUGGAGGAUUCACUCUGCGCAUAACUCGCUUUGGGUUCGAUGGGUGCAUUGCUAUCUGAUCAGGAAGGGGUCACUCUGGUCGAUAAAAGAAAAUACAACAUCUGUAUCAUGGGUUUGGCGAAAGCUACUAAAACUCCGUAAGCUUGCAAAGCAGUUCUUCAAAAGGGAAGUCAGAAAUGGGAAAGAAACAUCAUUCUGGUUUGAUGUGUGGUCACCACUUGGAUGUCUCAAGGACGUGUUGGGAGAACGAGGAUACAUUGCUAUGGGCUUCUCUGAAAACGCGGUGAUGGCUGAUGUUCUUGGUAAUCAUCGGAGAAGAAGACACAUGCUGAGUCUCCUAAAUGAGAUAGAAAAUGAGAUUGCACUUCUUCAAGCUGACUCCAGCCAAGAAGAAGACACACCUCUUUGGAAACAGAAAGAAGGGAAGUAUGCUAGUGUUUUUUCAUCAAAGAAAACCUGGCUACAUAUACGAUCUACACAACAAAUCUGCGAGUGGAGUAAGGGUAUUUGGUUCACGCAAUCCACACCAAAAUACUCGUUUCUUUUUUGGGUUGCUCUCCGCCAACGUCUGAAGACCUAUGACAGGAUACAACAAUGGAAUGGGGCAGUUGAUGCAACUUGCGUACUCUGCAAGGUAACAAAUGAAACUUGCCACCAUCUCUUCUUUAGUUGCGACUACUCAAAGCAGAUUUGGAAGGCCUUAGUAGGGCGGAUUCUUCAGAGAGCAUUUACUACAUCAUGGAAUGAGCUAAUAGAGAUCAUCUCGAGCGCAAGGAUGCCACCCACAGAGCAGUUUCUUAUUCGCUACGCUUUCCAAGCGACAGUUCAUGCGUUGUGGAGAGAGAGGAACGCUCGCAGACAUGGAGAGCAGCCACAGCCUGCAACUACCCUCACCAAGUUUGUAGAUAAAACCAUCAGGCUUAAGUUGCUAUCGGUGAAGGGGCUGGGACACAAAUACUUGGAAGAGAGUUUGAUCUCUUGGUUUGCUACUAGGGAGUAA